AAUACAGUGUGUGGUCAUCAAAUGUUUUGGUGCUCACUCAGUAGUGGAUUAGAAAAAGAGUUUAAUUUAACAUUUCUAUUCUGACUGGUAUUAAAAAAUGAAUGUUAAUGAUGAAGAAGAGGACCAAGGUCCAUCUGUUGAUUCUAACGAUCAAGAGGAGCGCAUUGCAGCGAGAAGGAUACGGAUAAAGAAACGAAUCGAAGCCGCAAAAAGACAAGCCCUAGGAGAAGAUCCAAAUGCAAAGAAAAAGGAAGACAAGGAAGAACAAAGCAAAAGCAGGAAGCAGGUAGAAGAAAGCAGACAGAGGUUAACAAAGUUGAAAUCAGAUGGAAAUGAAUUGGUAAGCAAUGUUAGGGUUGCAGCUGACUCAAGGGAGGCACAAAGGAGAAAUGAUGAAGAAGAAAAUACGAGACAGAGACUAGAAAGAUUAGAGGCUGAAGCCAAAGCUGCUGUUGAAAAAUUUGAUGAAAUUACAAAGAAGUGGGAAAAUGCCAAUGGGAAAGACAUCCCGCAAGAACUACAUGAGGUGUUGAUCUCUCAGAGGGCUCUGUGCGAUGCCAUGAUUGAUGAAAAGAACAAACUCAUCAAUGACUUCCAAAUGGAACUGAAAUCCAAAGACGAUCAGUAUGUAAAGGAUUUAAAGAAGCAGGCAGAAGACACAGACCUGAUGAUCGAAAGGAUGGAGGAACAAAUUAAGAAUUUAACAAGAGCAUAUCGGGACGAACUCAUUCAAAUUGAGAAAGCAUUUGAAACAGAAAGAAUGGAACUAUUGGACAACCAUAAGAAAAAGUGGGAUCAGGGAAUGCAAGGACGGAGAGAACAAGAAGUAGAUUAUAUGAAACAGAGGGAUAAACGGGUGGAGGACUAUGAACAACAAAUAAAGCACCUCAGGAGACAAGAUGCAGAGGAGUACAACAUGGUGAAAAUAAAGCUGGAAACAGAUGUACAGGUGUUGGAACAGCAACUUCAACAAAUGAAAGCUACUUACCAGUUGAAUCAAGAAAAGCUAGAAUAUAACUUCCAGGUUCUAAAAAAGCGGGAUGAAGAAAAUACCAUCACAAAAUCACAACAAAAGCGAAAAAUUACAAGAUUGCAAGAUGUUUUAAACAACUUAAAAAUGAAGCUAGCAAAACAGGAGAAAUCGUACCGCGAAGAAAACCAAGCGCUUGCUGAUGAUUACAAAAGAAUCACGGAACAGUUCAAAGAACUACAGAAAAAAUCAAAACACUUCCAGGCAACUGAUACACGUAAAUUCCAAGACAUCUGGUUGAUGAAUGAGGGCCUUGUGAAAGAGCAGGCAAAGAAGGUGCUAGAACAAGACCGCAUUAUCAUGGAGCACCAGCUAGGCCUAGCCUGGAAAUCACCGGACUUAUCGUUCAUGGAUAAUACUGGUCCGUUGAUAUCUGCAAAAACACAACAGAAGUCUGUGUCAGCCCAACAAGUCUUGAUGGAGGUCAUGUCGGCAGAUGGCAGUCAGAGAGGAGAGAGUGACACUAGUUCGUUGCACAGCCAGAUGCAGACAAAGGAAGAUGAUGAAGAAGGCGGCUUGGAUGAUGCUGUGAAAGAUUCUAAAUUGUCGGUUAAGACCAUCAAGCGUGUCUUAGAGCUAAUAUGCGAUGAGUCUGGUUUUCUAGUUGAAGCCAAACUUAACAAACUCCUGUUGCCUCUUGAAAGAGAUGAGAGAUCACUGAUGAAACUGGAUGCAAUAUUUGCUGCUCUAAAUAUUGAAACAGAAGAUGACAUCCACAACCUUGUCCAGUAUUUCAUUGCAACACGACAUGAUCCGGAAACGGAACCACUUCAUCCGCUGGAAGCCCUUGGUACACCUGCCAUUGAGCCAUCUGCUGUGCAUCCCCCUGAAGGUCAACAGACACCUGUUGAGCCAGAUCAGCAGACGUUCACAAAACGAGUCUCCAUCUUGUCUGAGAAAAAGGUUUCAAUGGACGAUGAUGCUGCUAGUCACGAUAUUACUGGCCAAGAAAAGGGAAAUGAAGAAGAUGAUGCGGUGAUUGGCAUGAAACAGGAUGAUGUUGCGUCGAUGCGAUCUUUUAGAUCCAAUGUUAGUGAACUCAUCCAUCCAAAUGAUGUGGUGCGUGCUUUAAGAGCUUUUGUUGAGGACCAUCGGCAGCCUAGCAAAGAAAAACAGAAGCAGCAGACCUUUAAUGUAAUUUCUGCUGAGGAGAGAGAUGAUAGUAAAGAUGCUGAGUACUGGGCCUGCUUCCCAACUGUUCUUUCUGAACAAAAAGAAAAAGUGUGGACAGCAUUACUGGAUGGAUUAGAGCGCUAUAGCAAUGUGUUGACAGAACGCUCCAAGCUUAUAACAGAGACAGAGUCUUACCAGCAACAGAAUGCAGAGUUGAGGAUGCUACUUCAUCAGUACAUCAACUCACGAGUCAAUCAGGAGUUAGAAAUUCCACCCACAAGGGUUCUCAACCUAGAUGUACAAUAACUGUAAUAAUCAUUAUUGUUGGAAAUAUUGCAAACCAUUUUAUAUAUAUUUAAAAAUAUUGUAUACAAGAUUAAAAUCCACACAUUUACUUUAAAAAAAAUUUUGUGUAUUGUAGUGUAAUUAUUGUUAUGAAAACUAACAAUAAAUAUAAACUGAGAUUAUUAUAAUAGUUCACCAUCUAUUUUUAUCUCUUUCAUUAUAAUUAUUUGUUUAAAAACAAACCAAAAAAAUUGCCAUAGUUAUUGUAUAAUACUGUAUAAUGAUUGUAUAUGUUUCAUGGUAAAGAGAUUGUUGAGACAUUAUUUGUUACAAAAGGCAUGUUGCUGGUGCAACGCUUGAAAGGUUUGAAGUCAAAUAAACAUGAAAAAAAUAUGUAUAAAAGACUCAUUGAGUAUUCACUCAACCAAUGAAAAUGUUUGGUUUCAUGUUCAACUAGAACAGUCACUCUGUAGAGUGCAUAACUCCACCCUGUACCUGGAUUCCGGGGUAUCAGACGUUUUAUCCCUUGCUGUGCAUUUCGCUUUGUGUCCUCAGGCAAGGCACUUUACCUAUGGUGGUCUCUCUCCACCCGUGAGUGCAAGUUGGUUUCCUGGUAAAUUAAAACACGAAAUGUGCUGAUUACAGCUGCAACAUUAUGGAAUUCUCCCCUAGGGACCUGAGUAAGUUGCAUAUGUGCUUGAUCCAACGACCGGGGGUUAAUACAGUAACGUAAAGUGCAUAGAGGUCUCCACAAUAUGCGUUUUAUAAUUCAACCAUUAUUAUAAUAUGCAGUUAUGUAUGGCCAAUUUAAUUAUUUUCUUUUAUGCUCGAGCUCGUGAGUUCAAAGAAAAAAAACAAAUUUCCUUGACCUUUUCCUUUUACCUUUUCUUCCCAAAAGUUAAUAAUCUUUUUCUUAGAUUAUUAUGUACCAUUCCAUUUUAUAAUGAUCCAUUCCUUAGUUUUUGCUAAUCUUACUCACAGACAGACAGUGGCAUGGGUAAUAAUUCUAUUGCUUCUAAGUAAGUUCUACUUGUUGGAGUGCUGAAAUCGAAUUUACUUUUGCUGAGAUAGUGGUGUAUGAAUCAAGAUACUUACUCCUAGCUAUACUGCUCUCUGUAACGUAAAAUAUUUGAAUCUAAAGAGGCUUAUGUUACUCUUAGUUGUCAAGGAAUAAGAAAAUAAAGUCUUCAAAUCAGAAA